AUGAAUGAUGUUAAUGUUCCUCAAGGGUCUUCAUCUAGUAACCCUUAUGUGCCACCUCAUAAGAAUUCUCUUGAGGAUACUUUACAUACUUUUAUGCAGGGACAGACACAGAUAAAUCAGAAUGUUAUGAAGACUUUAGAUGAACUGAAAACUAGCAUAGUUAGAAUUGAAUCACGACUCAAUGUUAGGGAGAAAGGGGCAUUUCCUGACCAAACUCAACCUAACCCGAAAGGCCAAUUUGAGGUUAAAAAUUCUAACUUGGAGCAAUCUAAUGUUGUCACCACUCUUAGAAGUGGUAAGGUAAUUGAGACUCCGAUGAAGGUGAACGAACCUGAGAAGUCUCUGAAGCUUAAGAGUAGUCACAGUGAUAUUCAAAAUGAACAAUCUGAAAUUCAUAAGAAAAUGCAUGCUCCAUUUCCUAAUCGUUUGUUGUCUACUAAACAGUUGGCUGAUAAUAAGGAUAUCCUUGAUGUUUUUCAGCAGGUGAAGAUCAACAUACCUCUCUUGAGUGUGAUUAAGCAAGUUUCACCUUACGCCAAGUUCUUGAAGGAUCUCUGCACGGUCAAGAGGAAGCACAAUGUGCAGAAAAAGGCAUUCCUCACGGAACAGUUGGGCUUAGGUGAAUUAAAACCCACCUCGGUCACUCUACAACUUGCAGACAGUAUUGAAAUACAUAUCAUUUUAGGUCGCCCUUUCCUUGCAACUGCCAAUGCUUUGAUUAAUUGUCGAAACAGUAUAAUGAAUCUUUCGUUUGGUAACAUGAUCGUUGAAUUAAAAAUCUUUGAUGCAUGUAAAUACCCAAGUGGUGAUGAUGAUAUUCAUGAGGUUAGUAUGAUUGAAACAAUUGUGCAGGAAAAGUUAUCUCAUCUAGAAGCUAGGGAUGCAUUAGAAUCCAGUCUUCUUAACAUUUUGGAUUUCGAUGAGGAUGGAUCCAUUGAAUAA